AUGAAAUUUUUGAUAUGUGUUCCGAAUACUGCGUCACAAGACUACAGCAACAAGCAUACAUUGCACUUCAUUCAUUUAAACAAACAUAUUGGUCAGCAUUAUUUGAGAUGCAAAAGCAGCUUAUGUGACCAAUCGAGGUUAACCUGUCAGAUGGCCUGUCAGAUGGUUGAUACCCGCGAUUUCAUUAAAUCAUGUUUUUGCGCGCAAUUGCGCGCAAAAACUGCCAGAUAA